CUUGUAGUGAAGCGUUGGAUAUAUUAUUUCAGUUCACUCCCUCUUCAGACUUUCCAAGUUGGCUGCCAUGUUAAACCUUUACUAUACUGUUGCUGACAAAUGUGUAGGCUUUCCUGCUAGGAAGGGAGGUCGUGCCCACAAUAGAAGCGCUGCUGCACUGCCAGUGAGGAAACGGCGUCUUGGCAGUGAUGCAUCGGCGAGCUGCAUGAAGAAGCACUUGAGCAGUUAUGGUGAGUCACGGCCUUCGUACGCUGUGACAAUGGAUCGCAAGAAUCCCAUAGCCGGUUCAGCGCCAUCAAAUGAACCAGAUGGUAUCGGGAUCAUAGAGUUCCUUGGGGGCAAGAACUUUCUCAUCACUGGUGGGACUGGAUUUCUAGCAAAAGUUAUUAUUGAGAAAAUCUUGAGGACAACUCCUGAUGUCGGCAAGAUAUAUGUGUUGAUAAAGGCGAAGGACAGCAAGGCAGCACUGAAAAGGUUGCAAAACGAGAUAGUUGGCACAGAACUUUUCAAAUGCUUAGAGCAACUCCAUGGGAAAGACUACCGCCAUUUUUUAGCAAGAAAACUGGUUACUGUAGUAGGCAACGUGAGAGAAGCCAACAUGGGCAUUGCGCCUGAGCUAGCUGAUGAGAUUGCAAAAACAGUGGACAUCAUCAUCAACAGUGCAGCGAAUACGACAUUCGAUGAGAGGUACGAUAUUGCUAUGGACGUCAACACCAUGGGACCAUUCCGGUUAAUGAGUUUUGCGCGUAGAUUUUCAAAGCUGAAGCUAUUCUUGCAUGUAUCAACAGCAUAUGUGAACGGGAGGAGGCAAGGCGUGGUGCUAGAGAAGCCAUUUAGCUUGGGAGACACCAUCACGAAGGAAUUAGGUUACUCAGAUUCUUCAGGACUUCAGAACACUGUGCUUGAUAUAGAGGCAGAGAUCAAGCUUGCUUUUUGCUCCAGACAUAACUCGAACGACGCAGCAUCUUUCUCUCAAGAAAUGAAGGAUUUAGGCAUUGAGAGGGCAAAACUCCAUGGCUGGCAGGACACCUACGUUUUCACCAAGGCCAUGGGGGAGAUGGUCCUCGACAGCAUGCGAGGAGAGAUACCAGUGGUGACGAUAAGGCCAAGCAUUAUCGAAGGCACUUGUAGCGAGCCCAUCCCAGGUUGGAUAGAGGGAAUCAGGAUGCUUGAUCCGAUUAUGCUGUACUACGCUAAAGGCCGGCUGAGCGGCUUCCCUGCCGACGGUGACGGUGUCGUUGACGUGGUUCCGGCGGACAUGGUGGCGAACGCGACCCUGGCAGCGGUGGCAAAGCACGCCCAGGCCAUAGGGGCGGCACAGGAGAUGCACAUCUACCAUGUGGGAUCAUCGACGGCGAACCCGCUGAUUUGGCGCAGCAUGUUCACCUUCUUUUUCCAGCACUUCACGAGGUACCCCUUCAACCUGGCGUCGGGACAGCCAAUCAAGGUGGCGCCGAUGAGGCUCUUCGGCAGCAUGCUGCAGUUCAACACCAACUUGGAGAGGGACAUGCUGCUCUGGGGCGCCGGCGAGACGCUCUCGCCUCGGGCGCGGAUGCUUUUCAGCAAGUACGCCGAGAAGAUCAUCCACCUCGCCCGCAUGUACCAACCCUACGGCUUCUAUGGUUGCAGGUUUGACAACGCCAACACCGAGGCGCUCUUCACAGAGAUGUCGGUGGAGGAGAAGGCGCAGUUCCACUUCGACGUCCGGAGCAUCGAGUGGAAAGAUUACCUCACCAACGUGCACAUCCCGGGGUUCCUGAAGCACGUCAUGAAGGGGAGGGGCGGUUCCUCCAUUGUUGGAAAUAAAUAACACAACCAUGUAGCGAUCUAUGUGUUUGCCUUUGCCAACCGGUCGAUGUAACAAUUCUCUCCCAUCCUUAUCAUCGAUUAAGACACACAGCCUUCAUUCAUAUAUGUUGUUCUUGAUCUUACA